ACCCUAAAAAGCCCUGCAUAUUAUUUUCUUCCAACUCUCUCCUAAUAUAAACUAUCUCCUCCGCGCCGCUCUCUUUCUUCUUCAUAGCCAAAAGCACCAUAUCUUAGGGUUUCUCCUGCGACAGCUCCGAUGGGAAAGGGUACAGGGAGUUUUGGUAAGAGAAGGAACAAGACCCACACUCUCUGCGUGAGAUGUGGGCGCCGCAGCUUCCAUCUCCAGAAGAGCCGCUGCGCUGCGUGUGGUUUCCCUGCUGCCCGUAAGAGGAAAUAUAACUGGAGUGUGAAGGCAAUCAGAAGAAAGACCACUGGAACUGGUAGGAUGAGGUAUCUCCGCCAUGUCCCUCGCAGGUUCAAGAGUGGUUUCAGAGAAGGUACUCAAGCAGCCCCAAGGAAAAAGGUUGCAGCAGCUUCAGCUUAAGGUGUUGUGAGAUUGUUUUGAAUGAGCCGUUUUAUGGGAACAUUACAUGAGGAGUUGUCAUUACAUUGGAUGCUUUAGUUGUUUUUAGUUUCUACUUUGAUGUAGUUGCGUUAAAUUUUGAACAAAAUUGGUUGAGGCUAUUGUUGUUAGACCCUUAAUUACUUGAUGAAGUUAAUGAUGUUCUUGUUUUGGUUACA